AUGAACAGCCACGGCGUCAAUUCGCAUGCGCCGCCGCAGCGACCGCAAUUCCCUCCGAACAAUGUCUCGUACCGCAGCGAUUAUAGCCAGCCGAAUGGCAGACCCAGUCCAGUGAACAUACCUUCGCCACAGGCGUCGUUCAAUUCGCCGUCACCACAGUCUCAGUUCAGCCCGACUUUUUCGCAGCCAGCUGCUAAGCGGCCGAGGUUAGAAGAUGGGCCGCCAUCAUUCAGCGGGUCCCCACAUCCUCUUACUCCUACUGCGCAAGCGACAUCUCCGUUAGCUGGACCAUCAGUCAAUGGCGCAAUGCCUCAGCCGACGCGACCAGGGACAAUGCCUCCUCCACAGCGCCCAGUCGACCGAGAAAUGGGUAAUGCGCAACAAGACAGCAAUACUUGGACUGGCGCAGGUGUUAAGCUCGAAGAAAACCAACAAAACCUCAAUCGCCUGGACUGGACUCCAACGACACCCACGCAAGGGAUACCGCCAACCAACAGCAUCGACGGCCCCGCUGACCAGUCGAGGAACACUCACGAGGACCAAGCGCGACAUGAAGCAAGACUGGACUGGGAGGAGUCUCGGAAGGUACAAAAUCCUCUGUGGCAGCCGUUUCUAUACGGAGGCAACCUGAACGAACGCAUGCGCAAAAUUAGUCAGCAGGAGCACCUUACGGAUCCGCAAGCUGGAGUACUGGUCAACACGCAUAAGGGCGGACCUCCACCAGUGGCUAGAGUUAAUGGCGAGCAGGGUGCGACGCGUGUCAUCGACAAAGGCCAAGCGAUUCUGGACUACCACAAGGGCGAUCGACUAGGUGACAUCCUGAAAUGUGUCAUGCUGGCAACUAAGACACGGCUUACUGGACUGGUGAGCCAGUCCUCGCGACUCGCAAAGGAGAGGCGUUUGCACUCAAAAGGAAGAGUACCGACUGAGUGGGAGGAUUUGGCUGUGCCCUUAGAUGCUACAGGCGAUGCGGUGGCGGUCGAAGGUGCAGCAGCCACUGUGACUCCCAACCCACUCAAACGUACUCUCGACCAAGCAAACAGCGACGGCAUGAGCGAACGAUCAGCCUCUCUACCUCCAAAUUCGCAGGUGGCCAUUCUACGACGGGUCAUGGCCGAGGAGAAGAUCGCUGAAGAUGCAAGAAGAGCGAAACGUGCGAAGAGGAAAGCCGCAGCGGACGAAGCUGCCGAGAAGGAACGCAGAGCGAAGGAAGACGAUGCUGUAAACAAGGCGUCGGCUGAAGAGCCCAAGAAAUCUCAGAAGGCAGCCAAAGUGGAGCAGAACAAGCUCAGAGAAGCGCAGCAACACAAUACGGUCAACACGGCUGCUCAGAUGGCGCUCGGCGGCAUAAUGAAGAAGUCGAAGAAGUACGCCUGGAUGGCAGGCGGUGCAGCCAGUGGUACGUCGACCCCUACGAAACCAGGCCUCGGGGCGGGAUCAUCUGCUGCAAGUACACCUAAGGCAGUCGAGAAGCCAAAGCCUGUGGCCAGGGAGAAGCUCUUUUCGGCCUGGGACGAGGACAAGGACCCUGGCAUCCAAGCCAGAGAUGUCCUUUCAGUACUCCAGAUCGACGGCAAGGCAACCAGAGCAUACACUCGAGGGAGUGCGACGUUGCGAUGA